UAUAGUUGCCAACUUGAAUCUACAUUCAUUCUAAAUUAUCGCCUCAGACGAAACACAAGUCUCUCUAAAAAGAAAAUUUCAAGAAUUUGUGUUUUUUUGUAUAAAACUUUUCAAUUUUAUUACAAAAAUUUUACAGUGUAAAAGUGUUUACUUAAUUUAGACAUUUUUAAAGCGCAUAUUCACCUGAAAAUCAUGAACACUUCAAAUUCAGACGAGUGGAAGAAUAGUAUUUGGCUUGAGGCCACAGAUUCCGAGGUUCUGCAUACUGGGUUUGCAGAAUUCGUGGAGAUAUACAAGAACGGGUGCUCGGAUGAAAACACCGUUGUUGAGCCGAAAUUAGAAAUAGAAGAGCCACAGUCUGAAAUGUCUAGUAAGGUUGAGCUUCCCGGCGAGGGUUCAAGCUUGAAAUCUGACUCAACACUGGCGAUCAGCGAGCCUAACCGUGGGGUAGAGGAUGUUGGCUUUAACCGCUUCCUAGAUGAGUGGGUCUUAAAAGUACAAACGGAUGCCAGGUCCAAUUGGAUGAAAAUGUCCAAACGUGAGCGGGCUGUGUUUGCUCCUAGAGACGGUAUCGAUAAUGGCACAUCAAGCUCCACGCUAUCUUCAGCUGGCAAAGUAAGUAGCAGCGCCAUUAGAAAGGCCUGUGAUAAGGUCUGUUCCAAUUUGGUUAAGCGCAGUUACAGCAAACCAAAGUCCAUACAAUCCAAAAGGAAAUGCCUCAAGCCCCGGAUCGCCAAGAAACCGAAAUCGCAAAAGAAAGGUCUCAAGCCGAUAUGUGCCAAAAAGUGUCCCUCGCCGAAACCUCCAGUUGCAAAAUCGUAAACAAAAUGGUAGUUAAUUUAGCUAGCUCGAGAUGUGCUCCUUACAAACUUUUGGCAAUAACCUUCUAGGAUGACAAAUAAAAUUAUUCGAAAUUAA